AUGUGGACUACUCCGAAGCCAAACUACGGGACUGGUCUGGGCUCCGAGGGGGAGAUCAGCGUGAAUAUCGGCGGGGUCCGGGUGGUGCUCUGUGGGGACGUUCUGAACCGAUACCCGGAGAGCAGACUGGCGGAGUUACUGAAGUGUUCCUCUCAGAACCAGGACGUCAUCUCGUCUCUGUGUGAUGAUUUUGAUGCUGGCAGGAAGGAGUUCUACUUUGACAGAGAUCCUGACGCCUUUAAGUGCAUCAUGGACGUUUACUACUUCGGAGAAAUCCACAUCAAACGCGGGAUCUGUCCCAUCUGUUUCAUCAAGGAGCUGGACUUCUGGAAGAUAGACCCGGGAGUGUUAGACGAGUGCUGCAGGAGUUACCUGUCUGAGAAGGAGGAGGAGCUGAGGGAGAUAGCAGACAAGGUCAGACUCAUCCUGGAGGAUCUGGAUGUGGAUCAGUGCAUUACGCGCGCCCAGCGCUGCCAGAGGUUUCUUUGGAGGCUAAUGGAGAAGCCGGGGUCAUCGCUGCCAGCUCGCAUCAUCGCCAUCACCUCCUUCCUCUCUGUCCUGGUGUCUGCAGUGGUGAUGUGCGUGGGGACCAUCCCAGAGCUACAGGUGACGGACACAGAGGGGAAACAAGUGGAGCACCCCGUCCUGGAAGUGAUUGAAACAGCGUGCAUGUCCUGGUUCACAGCCGAGUACCUGCUGCGUCUCGCCUCCUCUCCCAACAAGCUGCACUUUGCUCUCUCCAUCAUGAAUGUCAUUGACUUCAUGGCCAUCAUCCCUUUCUACGUGGUUUUAUCCCUCACGUAUCUCGGCACUACAUCCAUGAUAGAACUGGCUAACGUUCAGCAGGCGGUACAAGCGCUCCGCAUCAUGCGCAUCGCACGUAUUUUCAAGCUGGCACGCCACUCCUCCGGGCUGCAGACCCUCACCUAUGCGCUGAAGAGGAGCCUGAAAGAGCUGGGGCUUCUCCUCAUGUACAUGGGUGUGGGGAUCUUUGUGUUCUCAGCGCUGGCCUACACCAUGGAGCAAAGCCACCCAGAGACCCUCUUCAGGAGCAUUCCGCAGUCCUUCUGGUGGGCCAUCAUCACCAUGACCACAGUGGGCUACGGAGACAUCUACCCCAAAACCACACUGGGCAAGUGCAAUGCUGCGGUCAGCUUCCUGUGCGGGGUGAUAGCCAUCGCCCUGCCCAUACACCCCAUCAUCAAUAACUUUGUGGUCUUCUACAAUAAGCAGAAAGUGCUGGAAACAGCAGCGAAGCAUGAGGUGGAGCUGAUGGAGCUGAAAUCUGAUGAGGAUGCACGCAGGAAAAGUAGAAAUUAUGAUUAA